AAUCCCUGACAGUGGGAUCUGUCUUCAGGGAGAUUGCUGUCAACCUUUUGCGCUCACUAGGGGUCGUCGAAUGUCAGAAAAUCAAUCUCGCAACAACAGGAAGGACGCGCAACUAGGCACCGAUCCCUGGAAACACUCUGGGAUUAGCAACCGCAGUGCCUUGAUAAAAUUACAAGUGUAAAAAAUCAAUGCCAGUCGCGGAUGCCGGGGCGAAGCAGAACAGUCAAUGUGAAGUAUGCUGGAAAGUUGCAAUCGAAGUGCAGAUGAAACAGAGCAGACUAUUUAAAGGUAUUUAAUCGCCAGGUUGCAGGAUAAUUUGAGGAUUGAUGGAGUGACGUCAGUACGUACCUUGAUAGCAGAGUAAUCUCUUUGUGAACGGUCUAAUCUCAGAGGGGAAUGGGCACGUUUCUACACGGAUGUGGGGGAACGCCACCAGCACGGUGCUAACCUACCGGCGAGCAGCUCCCGGAAUGGGUAAAGCGAGAGUGAAAUAAAAACUCUUCUAACAGCAGCUCUGCGCGGCUCCUGAACCACGCUGGCCGAUUCCCUGUGUCGAAGGACCACAACCACCUGACAUCGAAAUCAAGAUGUUGCACUGAAAAAACACAUGGAAUUAGAGGCAACCUACAGGACAGGGAAUUACUUUGGAGAGUGGAGGUUCGGAACAUUGGACGUGAUCUUGCUGCAACGGCCUCGUCCAUCCUGAAGGUUAAAAAUCGAUUGGAUUAGCAAGGCACAGAGCAGGGUGAAACUCAAUUUACAACCAACCAGUUUACAGAGCUGACACUAAUUAACCACCCGCCGGAGCACCGAGCAACAACGACUUUGCAUUGCGCUUGUAAAUUGCACCAUCUCCAACUGUCUGUCACCUUAUUUAAAUAUAUAUUUUAUACCGAGUCUCUAUGGAGUAGUUUCCCCGCAAAUCAUACAACCGGUGUUUAAUAGAUAUUUCGUUUUAUAAGAAAAACAUGAAUAUAAUUGCACUGCUACUCACCGGAUUGUAUCUAUCUGGGAAACUCCACUGGAUUAGUGGAUUCGAUUACGAUUACAUUUAUGAUUACUAUGAUGAAGAAAAGGCGGAGGUCAUUGAUUAUAAAGACCCAUGCAAAGCUGCUGCAUUUUGGGGAGACAUUGCGUUAGAUGAAGAAGACUUGCAACUCUUUCAGAUUGACAGGACUAUUGAUUUAUCAAGACACAUCUUAGACAGAAUGGGGCACACGACAGGUGGGUCUGGAGAACAUAGAGUUUCUAAAAAGAAGGGAACAGUUUAUCAACUUAUAGAUCGGAUACUAAGAUUGGGAGCAGACAGUGAUCAAAAUACCACCGACAAAGAAAAUAACUCAGAGACCUUAAGACAGAGCGAAAAGAACAGAGUUCCCAGAGCUGCAACGUCACGCGCUGAGAGAAUUUGGCCUGGGGGUGUUAUCCCAUAUGUUAUUGGAGGCAACUUCACUGGUAGCCAGCGGGCAAUGUUCAAACAGGCCAUGCGGCACUGGGAGAAACACACAUGUGUUACUUUCAUCGAACGAGCAGAUGAAGAAAGUUACAUUGUCUUCACAUACAGGCCAUGUGGGUGUUGUUCUUACGUGGGUAGAAGAGGUAAUGGUCCCCAGGCUAUAUCCAUAGGCAAAAACUGUGAUAAAUUUGGCAUUGUGGUUCACGAACUGGGCCAUGUGAUUGGGUUUUGGCAUGAACAUACAAGACCGGAUCGAGAUGAUCACGUGACCAUCAUCAGAGAAAACAUCCAACCUGGCCAGGAAUACAACUUCCUCAAGAUGGAACCUGGUGAAGUGAACUCUCUUGGGGAAGCAUAUGACUUUGACAGUAUUAUGCACUAUGCUAGGAACACCUUCUCAAGAGGAAUGUUUUUGGAUACCAUUCUUCCUGGACGUGAUGAAAAUGGCAUAAGACCUGCCAUUGGUCAACGUGCACGGUUAAGUAAAGGAGACAUUGCACAGGCAAGGAAGCUGUAUAGAUGUCCAGCUUGUGGAGAAACCCUUCAGGAUUCAGCUGGUAAUUUCUCAUCCCCUGGAUUUCCUAAUGGAUACCCCUCAUACACACAUUGUGUCUGGAGAAUCUCGGUUACACCUGGUGAAAAGAUUGUUUUGAAUUUUACAACCAUGGAUCUCUUUAAGAGUCGCCUGUGCUGGUAUGACUACAUAGAAGUACGAGAUGGUUAUUGGAGAAAGGCACCACUUCUUGGCAGAUUCUGUGGCGAUAAGCUGCCUGAAGUUCUGACUUCCACUGAUAGCAGGAUGUGGAUAGAAUUCCGCAGCAGCAGUAACUGGGUAGGAAAGGGUUUUGCUGCAAUUUAUGAAGCAAUUUGUGGUGGUGAUAUCAAUAAAGAAUCUGGACAGAUCCAGUCUCCUAACUAUCCAGAUGACUACAGACCAAUGAAGGAAUGUGUGUGGAAGAUAACAAUGUCUGUACACUACCACGUGGGAUUAGUCUUCCAGUCUUUUGAGAUUGAGAGACAUGACAAUUGUGCCUAUGACUACCUUGAAGUACGAAAUGGCAACAAUGAAAACAGCCCACUGAUUGGGCGAUUUUGUGGCUACGACAAACCUGAAGACAUCAAAUCUACUUCCAAUUCCCUAUGGAUGAAGUUUGUUUCUGAUGGAACAGUUAAUAAAGCAGGAUUUGCUGCAAACUUUUUCAAAGAGGAGGAUGAGUGUGCCAGACACGACAAUGGAGGCUGUGAGCAGCAAUGUGUGAACACUUUGGGUAGUUACAAGUGUACCUGUGACCCAGGCUAUGAACUUUCAGCAGACAAGAAAAGUUGUGAAGCUGCCUGUGGAGGACUUCUGUCAAAGCUAAAUGGAACAAUCACCACACCGGGCUGGCCAAAGGAAUACCCUCCAAAUAAGAACUGUGUUUGGCAAGUUGUGGCUCCCACCCAGUACAGGAUCUCGAUGCAGUUUGAGUUUUUUGAACUAGAAGGCAAUGAUAUAUGCAAAUAUGAUUAUGUGGAGAUCCGCAGUGGCCUUUCAUCUGAUUCCAAACUUCAUGGAAAGUUUUGUGGUACUGAAGUGCCUGAGGUUAUAACAUCGCAAUACAACAACAUGAGGAUUGAGUUCAAAUCUGACAAUACCGUUUCAAAGAAAGGAUUCAAGGCCCAUUUCUUUUCAGAUAAAGAUGAAUGUUCCAAAGACAAUGGAGGCUGCCAACAUGAGUGUGUCAAUACAAUAGGCAGUUAUGUUUGUCAGUGUCGAAAUGGAUUUGUACUACAUGAAAACAAACAUGAUUGUAAAGAAGCUGAAUGUGAACACAGGAUUUACAGUGCCACUGGCAUCAUCACUAGUCCCAACUGGCCAGAUAAAUAUCCCAGUCGCAAAGAAUGUACGUGGGAGAUCUCUGCAACUCCAGGCCAUAGAGUGAAGAUAACUUUUAAUGAAUUUGAGAUUGAACAACACCAAGAAUGUGCUUACGAUCACCUGGAAGUGUUUGAUGGAGAGACUGAUAAGUUUGCAAUCCUUGGACGGUUCUGUGGGAGCAUCAUUCCAAAUCCUGUCACCUCCACUGGAAAUAAAAUGUUUGUUAGAUUUGUUUCAGAUGCAUCGGUACAAAGGAAAGGUUUCCAGGCUACCCACUCCACUGAAUGCGGCGGGAGACUGCGGGCCGAAAUUAAAUCCAAGGAUCUGUACUCCCAUGCACAGUUUGGAGACAAUAACUAUCCAGGCCAAGUAGACUGUGAAUGGCAGAUUAUAGCAGAAAAAGGUUAUGGAGUGGAGCUAUCCUUCCAGACAUUUGAAGUGGAGGUGGAAGCUGACUGUGGCUACGACUUUAUUGAACUGUUUGAUGGGUUUGACACCACAGCUUCAAGGCUUGGACAAUUCUGUGGAUCAGGGCCACCUGAGGAAAUGUAUUCAACAGGAAAUGCAAUUUUACUCCACUUCCAUACUGAUGACACAAUUAACAAGAAGGGAUUCCAUAUACGAUACACAAGUACAAAAUUCCAGGAUUCCCUCCACAUCAAAAAGUAACCUGGACCAUCAAUACAGUUUCCCUUAUCUUUUUUUUAAAAAAAAGCAAAAGCAAAAAUAACCUGAAUGAUUUUAUAAUGACAGAACAGGGAGGAACUGAAGAAAAUGAAUUGUUGCAAAGUCAACGUAAAGGUGAAGAACUUCAGUGGAAGAUUCAGUAAAGAUUCAAAAGUGCAGAUGACAAAAUAGUCUGAGUAUGAAACUGCAGGAAGAGGAUACUACUGCGGAGUAAUUAUAAAGGUUUGCUUGCUGCAUCAGCUUCUGUCCACUACUGGCUACUGAGUUUCACCCAGUGGAAAUACUGCUAUACAGAGUCUCAGCCAACUGCACUAUCCAUAGGAAUGAACCUACAACUUCAACGAACGCCAUUCAUAGAUUUCUUCAAUCAGGCACAAAUAAUGAAAAGGAGGAAAGAAGUAUCCUACGUACUGUUCACUUUUCAACAUGUGGUUUAUUAAGAUAAAGGAAAACCAUUUAGUACAUAAUUUAUGAGGUUUUUGUAAGUCUCUUUCGUUUUUUUUAAAACUGGAUGUCUUUACUGGUGACUAUUAUCUGUGAUUACGUCUCUCAGAUACAGGACUUCAAACAGAACAGAUGAGCACUGUAGCAAACUGUGAAUUCCUUCAGUACCAAAAAAGCAGGUUUAAGAGCAUUGAAAAUCCUGAUAGCAUUUUUCUAUAUUUUGCUAUUGGAAUGUGCCAGGAUAUAGU